ACAACCCAACGGCGGAGCAUGUGCUCGUGAUGGACAGUGUCGGCGUCCACCACUUUGAGAAGCUCCGACUGCUGCGGUCUGGUGGCUACGCCCGCGUGUACCUCGUCCAGAGCAAGGGCCUUUUGAGCAACGGCGUGUUUGCCAUGAAGAUCAUGGAGAAGGCUCUCGUCCUGCGCCGGCAUUACGAGCUCCGUGUCCUCAAUGAACGCGAAAUCCUCGCCAAAAUCGCCCACCCCUUCGUAACCAAACUCUACUACGCCUUUCAAACCAAGCGCUAUCUCUACCUCGUCAUGCAGUACUGCCCAGGCGGCCCCUUGCAAGGUUUCUUGACCAAGGCACGCUAUUUAUCGGAGACCGCCGUGCAGUUCUACGCGGCCGAGCUUGUCGUGGUCCUCGAGUACCUCCACACGCUCGGCAUCGUCCACCGCGACCUGACACCAAACAACAUCCUCGUGCAUGAAACGGGACACCUUAUCCUUUGCGACUUUGGGAACGCGUCGCGACUCGACCGCUCGAUGCGCAACUUCGCGGCAACGUGCAAGCGCCGACGUCGGCAACAGUUGUGCUGUUGCCCCAACCAAGUCAAGCCGCAAGACGCCGGGACGUAUGAUUUAGGGCCCUCAAGCGCGCCCCCGACACCACCGUCGCUGCGCCCGCCCAAGCACAUUGCCAACGACCUUUUGGACGACGGAGAGUGCGAGUACACAGCCCCUGAAGGGUUUCAGAAUGCACUGCCUUCGACCGCGCUCGACUGGUGGGCCCUCGGCAUCAUCAUGUUUCAGAUGCUCUUUGGCACGACACCCUUUCAAGGCACCAACGACGAGGAAACCAAGCGCAACAUCCUCCACCAAGAUCUUUUUUUGCCCAUUGCGCCCGCCGUGAGCCCCGCGUGCCGAGACCUCCUCUUCCUACUGCUAGAAAAGGACGCCACGUUGCGCAUGCUGGCACCGUCGACCCUCAAAGCGCAUGCGUUCUUUAAAAGUAUCAAUUGGGCUCUCGUGCGGCAUCGGCGGCCCCCCAUGAGUCCACCCGCCCUCGACCUCUCGACAAUGCCCUCGACCGCGACGCAGCACUUUUGCUGCGACUACUCGUCCACGGAGGGCACCGAGCCGGAAGUUGACCUCCCAGGGUUUGAGCACUUUGGCUUUACGUACGACGGCAGGACACCCGUGUAUUGGGAGCACGACCCGGCGUGAGAUGUGUCGACGUCUUUUGAAUCUGAACGCGAAUCUCAACGC